AUGGCUGCCGUCAAUUCAGAUUCGUCCCCCAAGCCGGCAAACGGGGCCGACCUGUCCAAAAAGCUCGCUGAGCUGCGUGCGGGGAAUCGCAGGAAACGAGAACCGGCCAACCCCGAACCCCCUCCCUCCACUCCUCCGCUUCCAGAGCCGCUCGACCUGUCCUCCCAUCGCUAUAUACGGCCUGUACGUCGCAUCCUCUCUCAGAAAGACCUCGAAAUCUUCCAAACGUCGCCGGCCUACAACUUGAUUCUCGCCUGGAUAUUUGGGCUCUCUGAUUCGGUGCAUGGGCGUAAGGUGACUGACUACAAGGAUGUUCCGGUCUCUUCCAGUAUAGAGAAGAUAUUGUCGAUUAUAGGCCUGAUCGGGUCUCUUGUCGACAAGAACCCCCCUGUCGACCAGGGUGGGUCUCGGUUUGGAAACCCGGCGUUUCGCUCGCUCUUUGACGAUGUCGCGGCGCAGAGUCCAGCGUGGCAUCGAGAGAUACUGGGAAUACAGGAUUCCGAGGCUAUCGACGAGAUUUCCACAUACCUGAUAAAUUCGCUGGGAUCGCGAGAUCGAUUGGACUAUGGCUCGGGCCACGAGCUGAAUUUCAUGAUGUGGCUGCUCUGCCUGUACCACCUGCGAUUUCUCUCCUCGGACGAUUUCCCGAUCAUUGUGUUUCGCAUCUACCACAGCUACAUGUAUCUCAUGCGCCGCAUCCAGACGACUUACUACCUCGAGCCUGCUGGCUCUCAUGGUGUCUGGGGAUUGGAUGACUACCAUUUUCUUCCUUUCCUGUUCGGAGCGGCUCAGCUGGUGGACCACCACUACAUCACACCCCUGGCGAUCCACAAUAACGCGAUCCUGGACGAAGAAGGAGACAAGUAUUUCUAUCUGGAUCAGGUGCGCUGGGUCGAUAGCGUCAAGACGGUCAAAGGGUUACGCUGGCACAGUCCGAUGCUGGACGACAUCUCGGGGGCGAAGAACUGGUUCAAGGUGGAGAGUGGGAUGAAGAAGAUGUUUGUCAAGGAAGUGCUCGGCAAGCUGCCUAUCAUGCAGCACUUUCUGUUCGGCAGCUUGAUUCCGGCCGCCCCUGAGAUGGGGAAACUCCUGGAUGGGUCGGAAGGCGAGGGACAGGGAGGUCACGAUCACAAGCAUGUGCACACUCACGAGAAGAAGAAAAAGAAGAAGGAGAAGAGCGAAAGCUCGGCUGCUGCUGCUGCUGCUGCUGCCGCGGCGAACGAAGACGCCACUGCCGUUCGUCGCCACUAUGAAGAUGGCGAGCGCGAGGGUGGUGGUGAUGAGGGUCGUCAGUCUGAAGGGGAGAGGGUGAUUUACCAGACGGAGGCGGAGAGGAGGUAUGAGGAGCAGAAGAAGAAGAGGCUCAGCGAGCGUCUCAAGCGCGAAGGCGUCAAGACGCACAAGGAACGCGUCGAGGAGCUCAAUCGGUAUCUGAGCAGUUUGACGGAGCAUCAUGAUAUGUACGUAUCUGUCGCCAUCUCCAUUGUCAUUGUUUUUCACAAAUUGAACUGCAUGCAUGUUACAUGGCCUUGCUUACCUCCCUCUCCUGACGUGGUUAAUUACGAUUGA